GGGAGAGUAUGCAUGGAUCCCGGUCUGGCGAGAUCUCCGGGCACCCGCCGAGGCUUCCGCGGGCUGAAGUGCGGCCAUGAGAGGAGCGUCCCCAGUGGGUGCGGGAGCGCGGGAGCCUCGGCGGGCGGGCGAGUCGUGGGGAGCAGCGCUCUCUCAGGUCGUGGAGUUCCCGAUCUCCCGAUGGCCCGAAGUCCGGGAGGCAACCCUGGCGCCUGCAGUCGCCGCGCGGCGGUACCGGGGACUAGCUAGACGGAGACAGCGCGCAAAGUCCUGGCCCGGGGUCGUGCAGUCCAAGGGGCUGGAUGGCAUGCUGGACCCAAGCUCAGCUCAGCGUCUGGGCCCAAUAACAGCUUUUCCGAAGGAGCAGCUUUCUGUCCUGGCCACACUGAGGUGCACAGCGUAAUGUCCAUGUUGUUCUACACUCUGAUCACAGCUCUUUGGAUCGGCGUCCAGGCAGAAGCGCACACCCAGAGCAAUGUCCCAGCAGGACACACCAUCCCCCAAGCCCACUGGACUAACCUUCAGCACUCCCUUGACACAGCCCUCCGCAGAGCCCACAGCGGCCCGACAGCCGCGAUAGCCGCCAGGGUGGCAGGGCAGACCCGCAAGAUCACCGUGGACCCGGAACUGUUUAAAAAGCGGCGCCUGCGUUCACCCCGCGUGCUGUUUAGCACCCAGCCCCCACCUGCGGCCGCGGACGCUCAGGGUCUGGACUUGGAGGCCGGCGGGGCCGCCCCCUUCAACAGGACUCACAGGAGCAAGCGGUCGUCGUCCCACCCUGUCUUCCACCGCGGGGAGUUCUCGGUGUGCGACAGCGUCAGCGUGUGGGUGGGGGACAAGGCCACCGCCACGGACAUCAAGGGCAAGGAGGUGAUGGUGUUGGGAGAGGUGAACAUCAACAACAGUGUAUUCAAACAGUACUUUUUUGAGACCAAGUGCCGGGACCCCAAUCCCGUCGACAGCGGAUGCCGGGGCAUCGACUCGAAGCACUGGAACUCAUAUUGUACCACGACCCACACCUUCGUCAAGGCGCUGACCAUGGAUGGCAAGCAGGCCGCCUGGCGGUUCAUCCGGAUCGACACGGCCUGCGUGUGUGUGCUCAGCAGGAAAGCUGGGAGGAGAGCCUGACCGGCCCGACAGCCCUCAACCUCUCCCAGCUCCCCCCUCCACACUCUCCGGCACCCCUCCCUACCUCAACCUGUAAAUUAUUUUAAAUUAUAAGGACUGCAUGGUAAU